GCUUGGCUGCUUUGGGAAAGGUGGUCACUUGAUGGGUCGGCCUUGACUGUUUUGGGCGCUGCGGCUUUCAGGCUUCAAAUCCCAGCUGUGGGUUUUUUUUCUGUUGGUGCUUCAGCUUCUUCGUCCCUCGGGGCUGUUUCGCCCGGCUGGAAACCGAGUACGAACCCAUUCUAAACCCAGACAGGCCCGGUGGUUCCAUUCAAAGCUUGUUUCAGCUGUUUACCACGGAAUUCGGUCCUGACUGGUCACUGCCACCGAGUAACUAGUAGUUACUACUAGUUAUUUCGUGGUAUCAUUCCACUCCCAAUCCAUCCAUCUUUUUGUCUAUCACUCACCAUGGCGUUUACCUCAGGGACCGUUGAAUUUGCCCACCCCUCUCUGCCCUCCCCUGCGCAGACGUGGUAUCGCGUGUACGGCGACCUCAGCAGCAGCAGCAGCAGCAGCAGCAGCAGCAGCAGCAGCAGCUCCACCCAGCCCCCGCUUGUUGUCUUGCAUGGAGGACCGGGCUACUGCCACAAUUACAUGCUUCCCCUGGCCGAUCUGGCGUCGCCAUCGUCGGGGGAAGAGCGCCCAGUGGUCCUGUACGACCAGAUCGGCAACGGGCUGAGCUCGCACUACCCCGAGAAACGCGGCGACGCGACCUUCUGGACGGUCGGCCUGUUUCUUGCCGAGCUGGAGAAUCUGCUGGCCAAGCUGGGCAUUGCCGGGCGGCAGUUCGACCUCCUCGGCCACUCGUGGGGGGGUAUGCUCGGAGCCGAGUUCGCCGUGACUCGUCCGACGGGUUUACGCCGCUUGAUCCUAUCCAACGCCCCGGCCGCGGUGAGUCUGUGGGUGGACUCCGUCGCCAGGCUGCGCAGCACUCUCCCACAGGAAGUCCGCGAUGUGCUGGACAGAUGCGAACGCGAAGACCGUCUCGACUCGGAAGAAUAUGAGCAUGCCACUGUUGAAUUUCUCAACCGCUUCGGCUGCCGCACGCAGCCGUGGCCUGCGGACCUGAUCGACAGUAUCGUCUGGACGACGGAGAAAGACACCACAGUAGCUUCAACAAUGCUCGGUCGGUCUGAAUUUUUCGUCGAAGGAUCGCUCAAAGACUGGACUAUCGUCGAUCGCAUCGCUAGGAUCAACGUGCCCACGCUGCUCAUCAACGGCGAGUACGAUGAGGCCCAGGACAGCACGCUCGAGCCCUUCUUCCAAGCCAUCGACAAGGUCAAGUGGGUGACCUUGGCGGGGGCGGGUCAUUGCGCCCAGUUCGACGCCCGCGACAAGUACCUCGACGUGGUCAAGGGGUUUUUACAACUGUGAUGGUAGACGAAAAGUCUUAAACAGGAAUCAGCCACUAUAUUAGGAACUAUUUACCACCAGAGUCGCUGAUUGAACAUGUACAGUGGAUACAAUAUUGACUCGAACCCUCACUCAAAUCCUAGGGUUAUGGUUACGAGUCAGUCCGAUGCAGCUACUGACUAGCCUGUAGCCUAAGUUAACCCUUAAGUCAUUCUAUUCCAAUAUCUACAAGCGAAAAAAAGCUAUUAAUACCAUCCCUACAUCUUGGCCAUUUUCCUUGCGUAAA